AGCAAACGCGUCUCAAACCCAUGGCGCUGUCAGCGGUAGCGUCUGUGCGAGCUGCGCCUUCGGCUCACAGGCCACACGCAUCGCUUCGACCGUCAACUCCUAGCAGAAAGUCGUCCUCGCAUGGCCAAACCAUUUCAGGCAUGGCGUUUUUGAGUGGCCUAUUUGCUUUCGGACGGCGGUCCCGGCCCAGUUCCACUCAAGUGCGUGCCAAGGGUGGAUGGCCUCAAAGCUUUGUCUCUGCGGAUGCUGCGCAGACCUUGCGCGAGGUUCGCUGGCCAGAGGAGUGGCCUUACACCGAGGUGGACUUUUCUAGGCAAGACGAGAGCACUGAUGCCGGUUUUUAUUCGCAGCCACGCAUUUGCACCCAUGUGGAUGACCAUUUCAUUGCCACCUUGACCAAACACUACGCUGAGGUGUUCCCAACCUAUCCCAAUGCGAGGAUUUUGGAUAUUUGUUCAAGCUGGAUCAGCCACUAUCCAACUGAAAAGACCUGGUCUCAUGUCUCGAUUACUGGCAUGAACGAAUAUGAGUUGCAGCAGAACAAACAGGCGGACGACUAUUCCGUCCGGGACCUGAAUGAGAAUGAUCCCAAGUUGCCUUACGAUGAUGCGUCAUUUGACAUCGUCACCUGUACGGUGUCCUUUGACUAUUUGUGCAAGCCUUUGGAGGUGAUGAAAGAGGUUGGCCGUGUGCUGAAACCUGGUGGUAUGGUGAUCCUUUCCACCAGCAAUCGAUGCUUUCCAACGAAGGCUGUGAACAUUUGGUUGCAAACUGGAGACCUAGAGCAUGUUUUGAUUUAUGGCAGCUAUAUGCAUUAUGCGGGUGCUUUUGAAGCCCCUGAAGCGUUGGACUUGUCUGGGCCAUUGUCGCGAAUGGGAUUUCAAGAUCCCGUCUAUGUCAUCCAAGCUAAGAAGUCAGGGUGAUGCAGAGCCCUUGUUCAAAGAAACAAUUGGAGCUGCAAUUUUCCUAUGGCUCCAGAGGACCUUUGUGCUCCCUCAACACGCGUUGUGCGAUGCCGGAACCAUGGCAUCGUUGAAACCAAACCUGAUCAGAGUCCGGCGAUUCAAAAUCUGCUCUAGCUGCC